UUUGUUAUUCUUCCCUCCCCUCCAUUGCAUAAUCAUGUAUAACUAGCAACAUUUAUGGUUAUAGGUUGAUUUCCUAAGUGUGGCUGAUGGUAGCCUCUAGUUUGAAGUGAGGGAAGAAUGAGUAGUCAGGAACUGGUCACUUUGAAUGUGGGAGGGAAGAUAUUCACGACAAGGUUUUCUACGAUAAAGCAGUUUCCUGCUUCUCGUUUGGCACGCAUGUUAGAUGGCAGAGACCAAGAAUUCAAGAUGGUUGGUGGCCAGAUUUUUGUAGACAGAGAUGGUGAUUUGUUUAGUUUCAUCUUAGAUUUUUUGAGAACUCACCAGCUUUUAUUACCCACUGAAUUUUCAGACUAUCUUAGGCUUCAGAGAGAGGCUCUUUUCUAUGAACUUCGUUCUCUAGUUGAUCUCUUAAACCCAUACCUGCUACAGCCGAGACCUGCUCUUGUGGAGGUACAUUUCCUAAGCCGGAACACUCAAGCUUUUUUCAGGGUGUUUGGCUCUUGCAGCAAAACAAUUGAGAUGCUAACUGGGAGGAUUACAGUGUUUACAGAACAACUUUCAGCGCCGACCUGGAAUGGUAACUUUUUCCCUCCUCAGAUGACCUUACUUCCACUGCCUCCACAAAGACCUUCUUACCAUGACCUGGUUUUCCAGUGUGGUUCUGACAGCACUACUGAUAACCAAACUGGAGUCAGGUAUGUUUCUAUAAAACCUGAUAACCGAAAAUUGGCCAACGGAACAAAUGUCCUCGGCUUACUGAUUGACACUUUAUUAAAGGAAGGCUUUCAUUUGGUCAGCACUAGAACAGUAUCUUCUGAAGACAAAACUGAAUGCUAUAGCUUUGAAAGGAUAAAAAGCCCUGAAGUGCUCAUCACGAAUGAAACACCAAAACCAGAGACUAUCAUCAUACCAGAGCAAUCUCAGAUAAAGAAAUGAAGUUGUCUAUCCUCUUUUAAAGAGAAAUUGCCAUUUUUCUUGUUUCAUUACGUAUUUAGGGCAUACAUGUUAGCCAAAUCUACACUCAGCCUAACUCUUGGCUUCAUCUGCUGCCAUGCCGUCUCUGGGCAACCAGGCCCCAACUGUGCUUAAGCCAUAAUGCCUGCUGCUCUCUAGACAACUCCAUGUACUUGGUGCUUUGGUAUAUGUUCUACCUUCAAUACAUCUUUCCCUUUCUCUUCUUCAUGAAUGCUUAUGAGCCGAGAUUACGCCACUGCACACUAGCUUGGGUGACAGAGGAAGACUGUCUAAAAAAAAAAAAAUUGAUCAAACUGAUGGAUACCCUAAGUACCCUGACUUGAUCAUUACACCUUCUAUGCAUGCAACAAAAUGCCACGUGUACCCCAUAAAUAUGUAGAAAUAUUAUAUGUAAAUAAAUAGUUGGGCCUUCCGUAUUUUCCCA